AUGCUAGAGAACCAAAAGCAAGCGGAGGUUCUCUGGCCGCGGCUGGUGGCCAACAAGCUCUUCCGGAAGACCUCGGGCAGCCACGCCUUCGUCGCCGACUUCCCCGCCGCCGAUGACGACGACGACGACGUCGUCUUUGGGACGGAGUUCGACGACGGCGGGUGCAGCCCCGACGUGGACGCCAGCCGCUGCGUGAAGCGGGCGCGGCCGCAGGAGCGCAACAACAAGACCCUCAAGUACAAGCUGUUCGCGAGCACGUGGAACGUCGGCGGCGUGGCGCCACCGGACGAUCUGGACCUGUCGGACUGGCUGGACGGUGGCGACGACGGGCCCUACGACAUGUACGUGCUCGGGUUCCAGGAGGUGGUGCCGCUGCGCGCGCGCAACGUGCUGGGCGCCGACAAGAAGCGCGUCGGGAUGCGGUGGAUCGAACUCAUCCGCGCCGCGCUCAACCGGUCGCACUCGCGGCAGAGGGAGGAGCAGCAGCGGAUCAGGCGACGGCGGCGGCAAGCAGCAGCAGAAGGUGUACCCGGUGCGGGACGGCGGCCGCGGCGAGCUGGCCAGGGACUACCGGUGCGUGGUGAGCAAGCAGAUGGUGGGCAUCCUGCUCACGGUGUGGGUGCGCUCCGACCUCCGCCGCUUCGUCCGCCGCCCCAGCGUCUCCUGCGUCGGAUGCGGCGUCAUGGGCUGCCUCGGCAACAAGGUGAGUACACUAUAGUACUGGUGCUCGGUGCCGUGUCCGUCCGGUUCUGGCUGCACGACACGAGCUUCUGCUUCGUGUGCUGCCACCUCGCGUCGGGCGGCCGCGAGGGCGACGAGGCGCACCGCAACGCCGACGCCACGGAGAUCCUCUCCCGGACGACCUUCCCGCGGGGGCACGCGCUCAACUUGCCGCUGCCGCACAAGAUUCUAGACCACGACCGGGUGAUCCUGCUCGGGGACCUCAACUACAGGAUCUCCCUGCCGGAGGCCAAGACGAGGCUGCUGGUGGAGCGCCAGGACUGGAAGACGCUGCUGGAGAACGACCAGCUGCGCGCCGAGGUGUGCCGCGGCGCAGGCGCGUUCCAGGGCUGGAGCGAGGGCGCCAUCACCUUCUCCCCGACCUACAAGUACUACCCCAACUCCGACGCCUACUACGGCUGCGCCACCGCCACCCACGGCGGCGGCGGCGGCGGCCACAGGAACAACAAGCGGCGCGCGCCGGCGUGGUGCGACCGCAUCCUGUGGCGCGGCGCGGGGCUCAGGCAGACCCGCUACGGCCGCUGCGAGUCCCGGCUGUCGGACCACCGCCCCGUCCGCGCCGUCUUCACGGUGGAGGUGGACGCGCCCAGGAACCUCAACUCGCUCAGGAGCUUCUUCGUGUCCGAGAGGUUCGACAGGGCUGGCAGCAGGAGCCCCGCCGCCGACCAGCUGCUCCGCAAGGACGACGUCGUCAACAGCGCAAGAUUCGGCGACACUCUUUGA